CACCCUGCUGGAAAUAGAUCUGUGCAUCCACACCAGGGAGCAGAGUCAUCAGACACAGGGAGCAAUGGGCAGAGUCUAGGGGCCACUUUGCAUCGCCAGGGGCCACAGACUGCAGCAUGCUUCUCUAACGCUGGGGAAACUCAGCUCUGGGCUUCCAGGAUCUUUUCUCCUAUUUACAGAGAUGAGAUAACUCCUUUUCUUGUCAUCUCCCUCAGAUGGGGCAUUUAUUAACCUCUCCACCCCCGCAGUGAUGUCAUAGGGCAGUAAGUGACGUCAUCUGCUACUGACCCGGGCAGAUUGCUCUCAUCCUGGGGGGUGCAGAAGGUAGAAGCUGGUAAUCGGCAUAUGUUGGAGGGUGAGGGGGAGGAGGAGAGGUCUCCCCCCUCCCUCCUUGCCUGGGAUCCGAGGCUGGUGAUCAGUCAGUGUGUGCAGGAGACAGCAGCAGUGCCUGGGCUGCAAUGCUGGCUGCAACCCGCUGCUCCAUGCGCCCACCUACACCCUGCGCCCACCUGCCCUAGGACUCCCACUCACUCACCGCCACCCCUCACACUCAACCAGCCGGGGACAUGGAGGGCUGGGGCAGAUGGACUUGCAGCCAAGCCCGGGCACAGCUACUGAGAGUGGGCAGGAGGAAGAGGAGGGAGAGGAUAGUCCAGCAAGGAGCCUUCAUUGCCACCCUCCUGUUUGCGGUGUGGUGCCUGUCCGGACUCCUGCAUGGACCCGGUCGAGGAACGUCAAUGGGAGACCAGACGGCUGCGUCUAAUGCCCAUGUAUGGAGGAACCGGAAGCUUAUGGCAUCAGGCAAUGGGUCACAGGGAAAGAAUUGCACUGAACCAGCAAUUAAUGAGUUUCCAGAUGAUUUAUUCAACAUUAAAGAACGCCAGCAAGGAGCCGUUCUGCUUCACAUCUUCUGCGCGCUGUACAUGUUCUACGCCCUGGCUAUUGUGUGUGAUGACUUUUUCGUUCCAUCCCUGGAGAAGAUCUGUGAGAGGCUGCAUCUGAGCGAGGACGUGGCUGGGGCAACCUUCAUGGCCGCUGGAAGCUCUACCCCAGAGUUAUUUGCCUCCGUUAUUGGAGUUUUUAUCACCCACGGUGAUGUAGGUGUUGGGACCAUUGUCGGUUCAGCGGUUUUCAAUAUUCUCUGUAUAAUCGGUGUAUGUGGAGUUUUUGCUGGGCAGGUUGUCCAUCUGACUUGGUGGUCUUUAUUCCGGGACUCUAUGUACUAUAUUCUAGCAAUAAUAGCACUAAUUAUCUUUAUUUAUGAUGAAGUUAUAGUUUGGUGGGAAAGUCUUAUAUUAAUAAUUAUGUAUCUGUUUUACAUACUUAUAAUGAAAUACAAUGUGAAAAUGCAGCACUUGUUCACCAUUAAAGGCAAGAACCUGGGGAAUGGCUGCACCGUAGGGAAUGAACUACAGGAUGGUAAUGUGUAUUGUGCCUCUGUAUGUGAUGACCCAUCCGUGCCCCUGUUGUGGAAAGUGAAGACAGAUCAGCAGUAUCAUGGCAGAAAUUCAGUGGUGAUGGUGGACGAGAUUAUCUGCUCCAGCCCCCCCAAGUACAGGUUUCCCGAAGCCGGACUGCGCAUAAUGAUAACCAACAAGUUUCCACCAAGGACCAGGCUACGGAUGGCCAGCAGGCUCAUAAUUAAUGAGAGACAGCGGCUCCUCCAGUCUGCGAAUGGGGUCAGCUCCUUGACGCUGGAUGGAAAGCAGGAGCUGCUGGAGAACGGGAUGUUACACGGGGACAAAAACGUUUAUCAGGAAGCCAACGACUCGUCAAACUAUCUGGUGCCAUUUUCAGUACCCAGUGGUUGCGUGAACCGGUUUAAGUGGGCAUUCUCCUGGCCAUUAAUAUGCAUCCUGUAUUUUACUAUCCCGAACUGCGGUAAGCCACGCUGGGAGAACUUUUUCAUGCUGACGUUCAUCCUCUCCACGGUCUGGAUUGCCAUCUUUUCCUACAUCAUGGUCUGGAUGGUGACCGUUAUGGGAUAUACUCUAGGAAUUCCCGAUGUAAUAAUGGGUAUCACAUUUCUGGCAGCAGGUACCAGCGUUCCAGACUGUAUGGCCAGCCUGAUAGUAGCGAGACAAGGACUUGGGGACAUGGCCGUAUCCAACACUAUAGGGAGUAACGUCUUUGACAUUCUCGUUGGACUUGGGGUUCCCUGGGGAAUGCAAACCAUGAUAAUUCAUUCCGGCUCUUCGGUGAAAAUUAACAGCAAAGGACUUGUCUACUCGGUCAUACUCUUGCUGGGAUCUGUGGCCCUUACUGUCAUCGGUGUGCAUGUCAAUAACUGGAAACUGGACAGGAAACUGGGAUUCUACGUCUUCUUCCUGUACGCCGUCUUCCUGUGUUUCUCCGUACUGAUAGAAUACAACGUUUUCACCUUCGUUAACUUACCAAUGUGCCAGGAUGACAUUUGAUGACUGCCACACGGGCCGAAGUCCAGUAAACCUCUGCUCCACCUAAAGACCAAGACCAUUUCUGCCAUCCUAUGGAAACCCUGAAAGCUUCCCUUCGCCGCAGAUGCCAGGAAAGUUGAUUUCUACUAGAAUGUAAAGGAAGAUGAACAUUGUCUGCGCCGGGUAGUCUGUCGCCCAGAUAACGUGACCCGAAACGAGGUCAGCGUCUUCCAAAGAUGUGUAAAGUGCUGCUGGUUUAUUUUUAUAACGAGAUAAAAAAAAAAAAAAAACUAUUGAAUGAAGAAUGUUUUUGAAAACAUUUGGACGGGAUUGUCCAUAGUUUGGUGUUUUCCACGGACCGCAAACGUUACAUUCCCUGAACCUAUACCGCACAUACUACGCAAAGCACACGUGUACAUUUUAACCCCUUACUUAAAGGCGGUACAGCAGAUGGCAUGCAAUUUCAUCUUUUUUUUUCUAUGUGGAGCCGUUUGUAUAAUCUGCCAGACGGACAAUCCUGAGGAACCUCUUAAAGGAAGGAUCUCUAGGAUGCAAGACGACACAUAAAUCUGCUCUUCUAUGAUAUUAUAUGAACCUCAAGGAUAUAACUAAACUUCACUCCUAUACACAACUGCAAAGCACACUUUUUAUAACGGGACGUACGUGGUAUCAAACCCCCGCCGGAGAGAGUUUGAAGAUAAUUGCACAUUAAGUAUUACAAAGACUGUAAAGAGAAUUUAAUAUAACCUUAUUUGUAUUUGUGCUUGUAUCAAAGGAUAUUUGAUAAAGAUAUGUCUAUAAAAAGGAAUGUUUUAUUUAAAUGCACAAUAUCAAAUACAACAUUUGUGUUUAUUGA